GACUUAUGCGCCUCUCAACGGCGAAGAGUGCUUUCCGCAACAGUGGGAAUAAUUAGCCACACAGACCCAAAAAGAAGAAAAAAUUUGCCACAAAAAGCAGACAAGGACUUUUCCCGAUUCCUAUUCCUCAGGAAAUCCCACAUUCUCUCUCCCUACUCCUCUCUCUCUCUGCUAUGUUUUUAUGAUGAAACAUAAGGACCCACCAAAACCCUCCAACGCAACGGCCAUUUUUGCACAGAAGAAAGAUGAAGAAGCCUCGGAACGGCUCCUUUUAUACCAAAACCCAAACGAGAAACUACCACACCAGCAUUGACGGCUCCAAUUUCCAGGAAAGCAACAGUGGUGGAGAAAGCUGCAAAAGCAAAAGUAAGAAAUGCUACAACAACAAGAGCAAGAGCUUCUACGAGCUUUCUCUCUCUCUGAUCUUCUCUCUCUGGUGCCUUGUAUUCUUGUUCUACUCUAAGCUCGGUCUCGGCCAUGGCAAUGGAGGGAAUUCAGCUCCUGAUAACAGGUCUACACAUUAUCCUAGUGUUCACAAUGGUAAGCACGGUGACCAUGCAUGCUCAUUUGUAGAAAAUGGAAGCGGAAAACAGACAAAUGGACUGGUAUUGGAUUUUACUUCGUCUCAAAGCUGUAACGAUUCUGGAGUUUCUGACAACUAUGCAAUUUCCAAGUACUCACUUCCAGAGACGGACAGAUUAGAAAAAAUAGUUUGGAGUAUUUUAGGCUAUGGUGACUUGGUUUGUGAACUACAUCAAGCACAUGAUUAUAACACAAAUCAUUCAGGACAACUUCUGAAUGGAGGAACUUCUCAUCCCUCCUAUCUCAAUAUUGACGAAUUUCGAAACAUAACAAAGCAGGAAAAAGGUCAGGAUAUGCCAAGUCAGCUUAUUAACAUUACCCAGGGGCUUGAAUCUGAUGGAAUGGAAUACAACUAUGCCUCUGCAUCCAAAGGUGCAAAAGUGGUGGCUCACAAUAAGGAAGCAAAAGGAGCAUGUAACAUAUUGGGAAAGGAUCACGAUAAGUACCUGAGAAACCCUUGUUCCGUCGGGGGAAAGUUUGUUAUAGUUGAGCUUGCAGAAGAGACUCUGGUAAAUUCUGUCAAGAUUGCAAACUUUGAGCACUACUCUUCUAAUUUCAAGGAAUUUGAAUUGUCUGGAAGUUUAAGCUAUCCGGCAGAAGCGUGGUUGCCAUUGGGCAACUUUGUUGCUGCUAAUGUCAAGCAUGCUCAGACCUUUAAGCUGCCUGAACCCAAAUGGGUAAGAUACUUGAAGUUAGAUUUACUAAGUCACUAUGGGUCUGAGUUUUACUGCACAUUAAGUGUUCUAGAGGUGUAUGGCAUUAACGCAAUUGAGCGGAUGCUAGAAGAUCUGAUUGUGGCGCCUGCAGAACCUGCAGCCAAUAAAUUGGCAGAGCCUAAUUCAACUGUACAAUUGUCUCCAAGAGAAGAGGUUGGUUCAACUGAAGGGAAAACAAGUAAUGAAGGUCAAACUGGGGUUCGAACAGCUGGUGUAGGGACAGAAAGCAUUGAAGAUACACAAAAGGUCAAUGUAGAUGUUACCAAAAAUCCAGUAACUACGAGCAAGAUUCCAGAGCCGGUUCUGAAGGUUAGACAGCAGCCGAAUGGAAGAAUUCCUGGUGACUCAGUUCUGAAGAUUUUAAUGCAAAAAGUGAGGUCACUCGAGCUGAACUUAGCUGUGCUGGAGGAAUAUAUCAAAGAAUUAAAUCGAAGACAGGGGGGUAUCUUGCCGGAGGUUGGUAAAGAGCUGUUGAGAAUAUCAUUGCUUCUGGAUCAAAGCAAAACGGAGAUCAAAGAUAUCUUGCAAUGGAAGGAAAUUAUGGAAAAAAGUAUUACCGACCUUGAAUCAUGGAAAGCUGCUGUUUCAUCCCAAGUGAAUGCAUUGGCCAGGGAAAAUAACAUGUUAAGAAUAGACAUUGAGAAGGUUGUGAAGGAUCAAGCGAGCCUCGAAAGCAAAGAGCUUGCGGUUCUAGCAGUUAGUCUUUUCUUUUUGUGCUUUGCAAUUCUGAAACUAGUUUCAAUGCAAAUUUUGACAUUUUUAAGAGGAGCCUCCUCCUCCUCCUCCUCGCCGUCUCAGUCUCAGCCUGAGAAUGCAUGCAGGAACAAUAGAGGUUGGGUUUUUAUGAUUGUUAGCAGCAGUAUGACAAUAUUCAUUACUUUGAUCUAUAGUUAGAAAUUCCUCUUAAUUUU